AUGCCGGGAAACAUUGUCCUGUCCCACCCCCUCCUAUACGAAGCUACCUCGUCAAAUGCCCUAGUUGAUUUCGACGGUCCCGACGAUCCAUACAGACCCAUGAACUGGCCGUUGCGAAAGAAAAUCGUCACGACGGUCCUGUACGGACUGACGACGUGCUGGAUCACCUUCGCGUCGGCUGUGUAUUCUGCUGGGAUCCGGCAGAUUGCUGGGGAGUUCCGUGUUAACACUGAGACGGCUGCGGCGGGGGUUAGUUUGAUCGUUUUGGGGUUUGCGUUCGGGCCGUUGGUUUGGGCGCCGCUUAGUGAGGUUUAUGGACGGAAAUGGGCUGUUCUUGUUCCCUACUUCAUAGCUGCUUGCUUCUCUUUCGGCACGGCUGCAGCGAAGGAUAUCCAGACCGUCCUGAUCACUCGGUUCUUUACCGGACUCUUUGGCAGUGUCCCGGUGACCAACACAGGCGGCACAAUGGCAGAUAUCUGGUCCCCAGAGCAAAGGGGGGUCGCUGUCGUGGGCUACGCGGUCACCCUCGUCGGGGGACCGACGUUGGGCCCUGUCGUCGGCGCAGCUCUCACGUCUAGCUACCUCGGUUGGCGGUGGAUGGAGUAUUUAACGGGAAUCCUGAUGACGGCGCAGUUUGCAGUUGAUGUUCUGGUUAUUGACGAGAGUUAUCCGCCUGCCCUGUUGGUGAAAAGGGCGCGGAGGAUGAGGUUGAUGGGGAAGAAUUGGGCCCUUCAUGCGAAGCAUGAGGAAUGGGACGCAUCCCUGUCUGAACUACUGCAAAAGUAUCUCAUCCGGCCGUUUCAGAUGCUGGGAACGCCGAUUUGCUUUCUGAUGUCUAUCUACGCGGCCUUCGUCUACGCAAUCAUCUAUGCAAACCUGGAAGGCUUCUCCAUCGAGUACAAGAAAACCGCGGCUGGGGUGCUGUCGUAGGAAGUCUACCCUUCAUCGCGCUGCUCAUCGGCAUUCUCUUCGCUGCAGCCGUCAGCAUCUUGAAUAAUCGAUACUAUUUUCGCAAAUUCCGCGCGAAUGGCAAUAGGGCUGUUCUAGAGGCUAGAUUACCACCGAUGAUGGCUGGUGGGUUUGCUUUUACGGGGGGAUGUUUUUAUAUGGAUGGACUUCUUCAAAAAAUAUCAACUU